GGCGCCUCCAAACACAUCUCCGGCUUCUGAAACGAAAGUGAAAGGAACACUUGGUUACUUGUGUGUUCAGUGUAGGGGGCACUGGGCUACUCUCAGCGGUGGUCCACGGUGGUCAUGGCUUAUUAUUAUGAAUCGUCAGACGAAGCAAGCCCCUGCCAAGCGACCCCGGUUCGCCAUCGCUUCACUGGCUGGGAUGAUGACGAUGAAGAUGACUAUACACAAUUCAACGAAGACUACGAUGCAUAUGACAACUCGUAUUCUCAGCAGAUGGCGCCACCAGCACCCCAAAGGAUGGAACCCUGUCGGUUUUACAACAGGGGCCACUGUAGGAAUGGAGACAACUGCUCUUACUUGCACGUGUGCAGGUUCUCCUGGAUAGGGUCCUGUCGUAAUGGCAACAGCUGCCACCUGAGACAUGUCGAGGACUCGGAUUCUGAUGAUACAGUAAGAGGAAGUCAUGUCGAAGAAGGAAGACGGAAGAGGUCAGCAGGGAGGAAGACAAACAGGAACUCCAGAGGAACACCAUCUUCUAAUGAUCAGUUGAAGAAUGGUCAGCUGUUUAAGUGGCAGCUAAAUGGUGGCCAAGGCUGGAUGGACAUCGAAAACGACCUCAUCCUUGAGGCGCACUACUCCAAACCGUACGCAGGGGGCAUCACACUCCACAACACUCCCUGGGGGGCCAUCUCCAUAGAUUUCCAUCUUAUGCAGGUACGUCACAGAGGGAACGUUCAGGUGCGACGCCUCAGUUCUCCUCAAGCAACAUGGAUCUGGUACUUCAAGAGCGAGCAGGGAUGGAGUCCGUAUGGAGAGACGGACUCUCAGGGCAGAUGUGCAAAGGUUAACAGCUCCACUCUGGAGACGGAGUAUCAGAAGAAUCAACAGGGCUCCUACCGGUUCAACUUCACCUCAUACACUUACGAGAUUAAAUUCGGAGCCAUGAAUCAGGAAAACUUAAGCACUCGUUGUAGAAGAGAAGUCCGACGCAGGCCCUGCUAUCCAGCCACACAGAGUCCUGUGCAAGCUGCACUGACUCGUUCCAUAAAUGCCGUAAGCCUCCAGGGACUCUCCAGCGCCCCUAAGUGGCAGUUCAGUGGAGCUGGCAGCAGGUGGCAUGAUUUCCAACACAGGGUUGGCACCAACUUUGAGUGUUCCACAGACGGUGUCCUGAUUGAGGCUGAGUACCGUAAGAACCCACAGGGAUCCAUGACCUUCACUGUGAGCGGACAGUCCUACCUGCUAGACUUUGCCACUAUGACGCAAACCAACACCAGUAUUGGGACGGUUCGCAAGGUCCAGCGUGUAUAACACUCCCCAGGUUUCACUUCUAGUGCUACGGAAUGACAUCCUCUUAUGCCUCAACAUCAUUGACAUGCUAACUGCUUGCUACUCCAACUGCCUUCUAUGGGGUUUUUUUGUUGUUAUUUUUUUAUGAACAGUAUACUCUGCAUAUCUGGGAUAACUUCUGUAUAUGGAUUAUUGAAUAGAAAUCAUGGAUAAGUGUCUCAGGGAAUGAGCUAGAUUAAUAUAAUUUUGAAGUUUUAAAAGGACUUUGUGAUCAUGCUACACAGGGCUGCCACUAACAACUGUGAAAACUUACGUUUAUCUAUGUCUAUAUUUUAAGGAAGAACAGAGCACACAAGGUGCUGGUUGCGGGAUAAGUUGAUGAGGAUGAAGGAAACCGCACACUCUUGUCCUGAUACCAAAUUUUAUUCGCAUUUUGUUCACAAAAUAUAAUUUGCCAUCAGGACAAGAGUGUGCGGUUUCCUUCAUCCUUAUCUAUGUCUAUACUCAUUUCUGGGUUGCAAUUUAAUGACCAUGACUGAACACUUUAUUUUGUGGGGUGAUUGGGUCUGUGGUAAUAGGCAGGUGUGAUAAAAUAAUUGAACUGUCGGAAAGUUUAUAUUAUAAACACAAUCAUGAUACUGUUUACAAUUAACAAGCCCUACAAACUUGAGAGCCACUCUGUCCUCCAGCGCCUUCCUGCUUUCCUCUCGUCAGGAAAGCUGUUUUUUUCUCAGGUCAUAAAUUGUAAAUGAAAUGCAAUGUUUUGUAUUUUUUGUCAGAAUAUGAGUUUGUUUCUGUCAAUUACUCAUAAUAAAAUUGUAACUAAUG